CACUUGACAAGGUCAUCGUAAAGUCCGCCAGAAGAUCAAGAUAAUGAUAGCGGUUCCGACGAUGAGGAGGAAGAGGAGGAUACCGCUGCGAUGAUGCCAGCGGAAGGGGUAGAUGCGGCAUAUGCUCAACACAACUCACCUGCUGUCGAAGGGCAAGAGAGCGACAGCAUGAGCAACGACGACGAGGGAGAGAAAUCGGAUGAGGAAGCAUCAAAUACUCUAGCUACGAAACGUAAGGGUGGCCUAGGUGGAAAUUGGAUGGAAGAAGAUACUGCAUCUGCAACCGGCAGUGAACAGGAUGAUGCCGAAGGAGAUACGAAUGGGAAUGAGGACGGGUCUGACAGUGAGGAAGAAGAUGAAGAAGAUGAGGAAGACGAGGAAGAAGAACCAUCGCUCAAGUACUCCAGGCUGGGACCGGCAUCAUCUGAAAUCCUGAUCAAAGACACCGCCUCGGCUCUAGCUGCCUCUUCCCGCUAUAUAGCCCUUGGAACGCAUAAUGGCAUGGUGCAUAUCCUCACGUACGAGGGGAGCAAGAUCAACUCGUACCGUCCACAUGGCGCUUCGAUCACUGAUAUAAAGAUCGACGAAGAGAGCGACUUUGUAGCGACUGCAUCAAUGGAGGGUCGUGUGGUGAUCCGGUCUUCGACAUCUCCCGAGAUCUACGCUUUCGACCAGAAACGACCUCUGCGGGCUGUUGCCCUCGAGCCCAAUUUUGCGAAAAAGUCGACCAAGGCUUUCGUCUGUGGGGGCAUGGCGGGAACACUUGUCAUGUAUGAGAAGGGUUGGUUGGGCCACAAGGAGACCGUAUUGCACUCCGGCGAAGGGCCUAUAUGGGCUAUAGAAUGGCGAGGCAAUCUGAUAGCUUGGGCAAACGAUAAAGGAAUCAAAAUCUACGACACAUCAUCAAGUCAACGGAUAGCGUAUAUCGACCGGCCGGCUAACAGUCCACGUGCAGACGUCUUCAAGCCUACACUAUAUUGGGAGGAUGACAAGACGUUAUUGGUAGCAUGGGCGGACUAUAUCAAGAUUGCUCGCAUACGAGAGCGACCACGGCCUGCAUCGGUGACUGGAGGGGUCACGCUCACAGUCGAGAUCACCGCAAUCUUCCGGGUCGACCGCAUGAUAUCUGGCAUUUGCCCUUACAAGAACGACAAUGCUUUCCUCGUACUGGCGUAUGUCGCUCCAGAUACCUUCAGCAACGAAGCGACGGAGAACCCCAUGGAGCAACGGCGUAAAGCUGCAAAUCGGCCAGAGCUGCGCAUCAUCUCGAGAAAGGGAGAAGAAGUAUCUUCGGAUGCCUUGAGUUUGAGCAACUAUCACCUCUAUGGCUGUAACGAUUACCUCUUGAUGCCUUCUGGCCGACCCCGAGACGAGGUGUACCUCGUUGUCAGCCCUAAAGACCUUGUGGUCUCCAGGCCACGUGACCAGGUCGAUCAUAUCAACUGGCUGGUCGAUCAACGUCGUUUCGAAGAGGCACUCUCUUCCGCUGAAAAACUUGUUGAACAACAUGGCGAGAGUCUCGAUAUCAAAGCUAUCGGCGUCAAAUAUAUCAAGCAUCUGUUUGAUGAAGGCUCAUACGAGCAGGCCGCGCGGCUUUGUCCUAAAGUCUUUGGCCAAGACGGAAAGAUCUGGGAAGACUGGAUUUUCCUGUUUAUUCAGAGGGGCCAAUUUCCCACAAUCAUUCCGUACGUGCCAACUAAAUCGCCUCGGCUUGCUCGUCUUAUCUACGACAUGAUCAUGGCCCACUUUUUGACGCACGACAAGGAGGGUUUACUAAAUCGCAUAAAGGAGUGGCCAAUCGAGAUUUACGACAUACAAGCCGUCAUCGUCGCUGUGCAGGGAGAGUUGGACUCUGCUCCGGCAUCCCCGAUAUUGAUGGAAUGUCUGGCCGAACUCUAUAUCGCCCAACAUCAACCGGCCAAAGCCUUGCCCUUCCUCAUCAGACUUCGGAAACCCGAGGUCUUUGAGUUUAUCAGUUUGCACAAUCUGUUCUCCGCCGUUCAAGACCAGGUCCUCCUAUUGGUAGACUUUGAUCGAGAAAACAUUGUCGACAACGGCGACCAUCCCAUUGUCGAUCGAGAACACGAAAAGGAAGAAAUGGCGCUCGCAUCGACAGAAGGUCAUACCACGGCGCGGCAUGGACAGGCUAUCGCUCUCCUAGUCGAGCAUACAUAUUCAAUCCCCAUCAACCGGGUGGUAACUCAGCUGGAAGAACGGCCCAGAUACCUUCACAUGUACCUGGAUGGCUUGUUCCGUAAAGAUCCAUCUUUGGCAUACGAGUAUAGCGACCUUCAGGUCCGGUUGUAUGCAGAGUACGACUAUUCGCAGCUCAUGGGCUAUUUACGAGCGAGCAAUUACUACAGCCUGGAAAAGGCCUACGAGAUUUGCACAGGCAGGGAUUUCGUCCCAGAAAUGGUAUUCCUGCUGGGCAGGAUGGGGAACAAUAAACAGGCUUUGAUGCUCAUCAUUGAGAGGCUGGGGGAUGUGCAAAGAGCUAUCGACUUUGCGAGGGAACAAGCGGAUGAAGACUUGUGGGAAGAUCUGCUACGUUACUCGGAAAGCAAGCCGGCCUUUAUGCGAGGCUUAUUAGAAAACGCUGGAGCGGAUAUCAACCCCUUGCGUAUCAUCCGUCGGAUCAAGGAUGAUCUGGAGGUUCCCGGGCUCAAGGACGCUCUCGUCAAGAUUCUUCAAGCUUCGAAUCUACAGGUCUCAUUGCUCGAGGGAUGUCAGAAAAUCCUGGCUGGAGAUACCAGUUCUUAUGCAAGUCAGCUGCAAAGAAGUCAGACCAAUGGAGCGUUCGCAACAGGCAACUCUCGCUGUCUUAUCUGCGACGAUUACCUAUUCAAGCCCGGCGAUCCUGAUACCGCCCCCUUGGCUCUCGCCUACCUCUGCCGGCACAUGGUCCACGCUUCCUGUGCCUUGCCUGACAAGACCAUCGAAUUGCCCGAACGACCGGACCCUCUGGCCAACUUUCUUUACACUUCCGACGAACGGAAUCGGAACAUCGGGCCAGGCCGUGCGACGGCGAAGAAUUUGGGAGCCAAGUUGGCAUAUAGUGCAACUAUACGGGUGAGGGUGAAGAGUUGCCCCGUUUGCGAGAAGUCGAAAGGGAGCCAGGUGCGCUUGAAGGCGGUCCGUUGAGCAUAGCAUAGGGUCGGGAAGUAGGGCGCAUCGAUGUGUUUACUGUAUACCCGGGCAAGUACGAUCAUGUAUCGAAAUUCAGCAUGGCACAGAGGAGACCAGUCCCAGGCUAUGGGGAUGGCCUUCUACUUGUACUCAGCUCGAUCAUUUGCCAUCUUCUUCGCAGUCCCUAACUUCUCGAAUAGGGAUCUUGGAUUUCGGAUCUGAUACUUGACCACGGAGGGAUUUAAUUAACCGGGGAAACGCCGG